ACAAAAUGACAAAGGGCUAAAAAGAAUGGUUUUAUUGAAGACUUGAAGUCCUCUGAAUUUAGAUUUAAAUUCUAGGAAGGGCAAGUCUUGAGGCCCCUCCGACCACCUUGUCUCAAUUGUCACUGCUCCAUGUCCCUUAUAACAUGGAGGAAAUUAUGGCAGCUUUCCCUGCUCUAAGCCCUCUCUCUUCCAAACCAACCAUAAAAGCUCUCACAUAACACCAAACAACACACACUUAGUUCUUGUGCCAAAGAAGUCCGUCAAUCACAAAGAAAUUAAGAAAAGAAACCCAGUUCUGUUUUAUCAUUUCAGUCAUAUCAAAGCACCUGUAAUUAUAUACCGUACUCUUGCCGCCAUCACUUUACUUGAAACGAGUUCUGUUUCUCAUUCAUAAACCUCUUCAAGCAGGGAAAAAGAAAGGGAUAUGGAGAUUGAAUCGGUCCAGUGUGAGUGUUGUGAACUGAAAGAGGAUUGCACCCAAGAAUAUAUUAGUGAAGUGAAGGCCAAAUUUGAUGGCAAGUGGCUAUGUGGAUUGUGCUCAGAAGCUGUUAGAGAUGAAGUUAGCAGGGGUAAAACGCAAUCUGGAAUGGAAGAAGCUGUGAGAGCUCACAUGUCAUUUUGUGGUAAAUUCAAUUCGAAUCCAGCAGUUAGAGUUGCUGAUGGUAUGAGGCAGAUGCUGAGAAGACGGUCAGGAGACUUGUCUUCAUCAAAAUCUUCUUCCAAGAAGUAUUCAAGGUCGGCAACCACAAAACUGUACCAAUUGAGCAAAAAAUAAAUAAAAUUAAGGAGAGGACUCUUCCUCGCAGAAAUAAUAUUGAUAGCUAGUCUUUCGAGGCUUCUUCUUA